AUGAGUUGCUUUCCUUGUUUUAAUUCUCAAAGGAGCAAGAAAAGCAACAGCAAGAGGGAACAUGGGGUUGCGCCGCCGCAGGAAAACAACACCCUUAUAACAAAAACACCAGAUAUAAAGAAACCAAAACCGGAGGAAACAACCCAAGUUGACACAUCAAAUAUUCAAGCACAAAAUUUCACAUUUCGGGAGUUGGCGAUUGCAACCAAGAAUUUUAGACAAGAGUGUUUGAUGGGAGAAGGUGGUUUUGGAAGAGUCUACAAAGGAACAAUUCCUGCAACAGGACAGGUGGUAGCAGUGAAACAACUUGACAGAAAUGGGAUUCAAGGAAGUAAAGAAUUUUUGGUUGAGGUUUUGAUGUUGAGUCUCUUAAACCAUGAAAAUUUGGUUAAACUUAUCGGUUAUUGCGCUGAUGGCGAUCAGCGUCUUUUGGUGUACGAGUUCAUGUCAGGAGGUUCUCUAGAAAGUUGUCUUCUCGAGAGAAAACCCGAGCAACCUCAAUUAGAUUGGUAUAACAGAAUGAAAAUAGCAUCAAACACUGCGAAAGGACUAUGGUACUUGCACGACAAGGCAAAUCCGUCGGUUAUUUAUAGGGAUUUGAAAUCUUCCAACAUUUUGCUUGAUAAUGACCAUAAUGCAAAACUAUCUGAUUACGGACUAGCGAAACUUGCUGGUAAAGAUAAGAUGAACGUUGUUCCUACAAGAGUAAUGGGCACUUAUGGUUAUAGUGCGCCCGAGUAUGUAAGAACGGGUAAUCUCACCUUGAAAUCAGAUGUGUAUAGUUUUGGAGUUGUCUUGCUAGAACUCAUAACUGGAAGACGAGCCGUUGACACCACAAAAUCGCACGACGAGCAAAAUCUAGUUUCAUGGGCCCAACCGAUAUUUAGAGAUCCAAAAAAAUACGGAGACUUGGCAGAUCCAAAGCUGAAAUAUUAUCCUGACAAGGAUCUGAAUCAGGUUGUUGCAAUUGCAGCCAUGUGCUUACAGGAGGAAGCUGCUGCGCGUCCUUUGAUGAGUGACGUUGUAACUGCUUUGAGUUUUCUUUCGACUUCUCCUCCUCCUGAAGGUGUUCCUGAACCUCUUCCACCUCCCAAUUCCACUUCCCAAAAGAGUGUUUCCACUGCCAGUGAAAGUGAGAGUGAGGGCGAAGGCAAUAAGAAUAAAUCGCCUAUUGCAGCAGAGAGUGCAAAAUACGAAGAAUGUGAAGAUGGAUCAGACAAUGAAUGUGAUUAUUAUGAGAAUGAAAACCAUGAUUAUAGUCCACAAGAUACUAAAGAAACAAAAGAGUUUUACUCCCAAUCAAGCCGCAAAAGCAGCACCAAAUCAAAGAACUCGAGUUCAGGAUCAGAAAAUGGUCGCAAAAGCAGCAGGAGAAAGCAAGGCGCGGAUGGUAGUUUAUCUCAGAAAAGCAGCAAAAAACCGGCUGCAGGAGAUUUAAGCCAGAAGAGCAGUAAGAAAUCUCGCGCAAAGGAUUUAAGCCAAAAGAAGAGUAAAAAAUCAUCAAAAGUUAAAAAUCACUCGUCUGAUAGCAGCAGUGACGAAGAGUCACAAGAUGAAAGCGUUCUUCUCAAGCACGGUGACAGUAGGAAAUCACAAGAUGGAAAGGGAUACUCUUUUGGGCUAAUAAGCAGUGAUAGCGGGGAAGGAUCACAUGUAGAUGUUCAUCAUUUUAAUCGUGUCAGCAUGGGGCCAUCUGAGGAUGGAAGUUCUCAACAUUUCGAACAUUCCAGCAGCGGAGGAUCAGAUGAGGGAAGUGUUCAUUCACCACGAUAG